AUGGCGAGGUUCAGCUGGGGAUACGGCGAGCACAAUGGUCCUAUUCAUUGGAAUGAAUUUUUCCCUAUUGCUGAUGGAGAUCAACAAUCUCCAAUUGAGAUUAAAACCAAAGAAGUGAAAUAUGAUUCUUCCCUCCGACCUCUUAGUAUCAAGUACGACACAAGCUCAGCUAAAAUCAUCAGUAAUAGUGGCCAUUCCUUCAAUGUUGACUUUGAUGACACAGAGGACAAAUCAGUUCUGCGUGGGGGUCCUCUCACCGGAAGCUACAGGUUACGACAGUUUCACCUUCACUGGGGGUCCACCGAUGAUCACGGCUCUGAACACGUGGUGGACGGCGUGAGAUAUGCCGCAGAGCUCCACGUUGUUCACUGGAAUUCAGACAAAUACCCCAGCUUUGUUGAGGCAGCUCAUGAGCCAGAUGGACUAGCUGUCUUGGGCGUAUUUUUACAGAUUGGUGAGCAUAAUCCCCAACUUCAAAAGAUUACCGAUAUUUUGGAUUCCAUUAAAGAAAAGGGUAAACAAACUCGAUUCACAAAUUUUGACCCAUUAUCUCUGCUUCCUCCACGCUGGGAUUAUUGGACAUAUCCUGGUUCCCUUACAGUCCCACCUCUUCUAGAGAGCGUCACAUGGAUCGUUUUAAAACAACCUAUAAACAUCAGCUCUCAACAGCUGGCCACAUUCCGCACCCUCUUGUGUACAGGGGAGGGCAAAGCAGCGGCUUUUUUGUUGAGCAAUCACCGUCCACCACAGCCUCUGAAGGGCCGAAAAGUGAGAGCCUCUUUCCAUUAAAAGUUGUCACCAACAGAC